CCCCACCCUUGGGUGCUGCCCCCCCCCUUCCCCCCCCCCACCUCUGGGUGCUGCUCCCGGACACCCCUGGGUGCCGCCAUGACGUUGUUCCACUUCGGGAAUUGCUUCGCUCUCGCCUAUUUCCCGUAUUUCAUCACGUACAAGUGCAGCGGCCUGUCGGAGUACAGCGCCUUUUGGCGAUGCGUCCAGGCGGGAGCCACCUACGUACUGGUGCAACUGGGAAAGAUGCUGUUUUUGGCCACUUUCUUCCCCACCUGGGAGGGGCCGUCGGGGGGGUACGACCUGGUGGGGGAAUUCCUCCGGGCCACGGUGGACGCGGCCGAUUUGGGGGGGCUGCAGCUGGCCUUGGGCCGGGGGGGGGGGCGGGGGGAACUUCGCAUCCUCGUGGCCGCCCUGGGCUGGGCCAGCGCUGAGCUCCUCACGUCCCGGUGCGUCCCGCUGUGGGUGGGGGCGCGGGGGGUGGAGUUUGACUGGCGGCACCUCCAGAUGGGGCUGGACUCCAACAUCAGCCUGGCCCGUCACGUGGCGGCGGCGGCGUUGCUCUGGGCCUCGGGGCGUCACGACCUCCCCCCCCGCCUGCGCCUGCCCCUGGGGGGGCUGCUGGCUGCUGCUGCCUACGAGGGCUUCCUCACCGGGUGGGCGGGGCAAGCGCUGGGGCUGGGCCCUUGGGGGGCGCUGGGGCUGCGGGCGCUGGGGGCUGCGGCCUUGGGGCUGGGGGCCCUCAGGCUGCUCGUCCCCCUCCUGCCCCCCCCCCUGAAUUAAAGGCACCGAGAGGCA